GUGUGACAUAAACUACACCACCAUGGCAGACAGGAUGGAGUGUAGCUCUCGCGAACUUUCGGUUUAAUAAUAGCUUGUAAUUAAUGGUGUGUAUACUGCUGGCGGAAUGUAGAUACAUGUGAUUGCUUGAAAGAUGAGCCCGUGCUACAACUGGCGGCUUGCCUACAUGCGAGACUGAGAGAAUUGAAACUCGCCAGUCGAGCUCUCACACAGCAAGUGGUGUAUAUACACAGUUUACUUACUGCCCGCCCUCACGAGCUGCUACACACUCACAGACACACAGACAUAUACACACAACGCCUGAAGACCAGAUGCUGAGAGCAGGUGCAUCUUAGACAAAGAAGAACUCAACAAAGUCAACAGCAUUCAACACUGUGAACAUUUGACAACUGAUUCCAACCUUUUGUCAUGGGAAUCAUAACCUGCUUCAACAAAGCUUCUCUCUUCACACGUGUUGCAUUCCUGUUGUUGUUUCUGGCCAGCGUGUCCAGCUGGAUCGCCUUCUGCACCACCUCCUGGUCCUACAUCAACAGCAGCAGCAUCAACUUCCAAGGCUACGGGCUGUGGCGGAUCUGCGCCAAGUCAGGCUCGUGCUCGCUCUUUGACGGCACGCGCAAUGACUGGUUUGCCGGGGUGCAGGCCUGUGAAAUUUUCGGUUUCAUGGGAAUCAAUGUCGCGGUCCUCUUGAUACUCCUGUACAUCUUCGUGACAAGAUUCCAGAACAACACCGAAGCGAGGGUGGCGAUCAUUAUCAGCUGCUUUUUUGGAGUCGCCGGCCAUCUUACCGCAGUUAUCGUCUACGGGGCGAUGAGGACGUCGCUGUACUCGACGAGAGAUAACCCGGACGCUCUUGGCUUCUCCUUCGGUUUCGCCGUCGUCGCAGCUUUCUUCUCUCUGGCCUCUGGAGCUGUGUGUCUGCUGGACAUGUUUAUGGUCAAGACAGUUGCUGCUUCCAAUGCUGGUCCCAACAUCUCGCCGUCGUAAGGUGCUGGACACAAGAAACAUCGCUUGGAGAUAAGUGUGAUAAAGUUCUGGGACAGUCCUUUGAGCCCUUUAAAUGUCUUCACAUGUGUGAAAUGGUCCGAGCAAAGAGUCCGAGUAACGAAUUUUAUUCCCCACUGAGUUGGUCGACUUGCCAAUAAGGAUCCAACUAUAUAGUUGUUACGAUACAAAGUCAUUGCAGUGUAAUAAACAAAGGGUAAUCUUUAUUCAAAGAUCCUGGGUUCGAUUCCCAUCACACUUAUCAUUUUAAAUACAUGUAAAUUUAAUUUCUUAAUUUUCUUUCUUUCUUCUCAUUAUAUUUGGUGUAGGUUUUUUUUUUGUUUUUUUUUUUUCAAUUUCGUUACAUGGGGAAAUGCACAUAUAAACGUGUUUUUAAGUGAGCGGUGUCGUUGGAUAAUGGGUAGGUUAGGGGGAGGGUCAUGUUUGAGGCUUAUCAUGAUCUUUUUAAGAUAAAAUAAAAAUUGUAAUGAGUGCAUACAAAUUUAAACAUGGUGGGGAAAGUAAAGUCACGUCUGGGAAAGAUAAACUUUUUUGUGCACCUAUCUGCGCGGUGUGGGCAAACAGACAAUAACAAACAAAAACAGUCAACAAACAAACAGUGAAGCAUUUUAAUUGAGGAAAUUCCAAGCAGACUGAACAAUCGUGACCAAUCCGAUUUCUUUCUUCUACUUGUAUACACAAUAGAAAAAGCUUUGGGUUGUGGUGAGUAUAAAGUCAAACGCUUUUUUCAAGUCUCCGACAACUGACAGGAAAUAGAGAUAACCCAUAUUUUUUACACUGUCACUACUUUCACCUCUACAGCCGCCAGAACCUAAUUACAGCAACAUGAUGUGAGAGGAUGCUGCCGUUUGUUGGGUGUAUGGGUGACAAUGAAAUUGUAAAGCAUUGUUCAAAUGUAAACAGCGCUGGUCAGAUGUCAGGCAAUAUUUUUGCAUAAAAAGGUAUUUUUUAUUUUGUAAAGGAAUUGUUGACGAACUGCAGUCUACAACAUAUAAGCAUGGAAAAUAUAAUUUUAUUCCUCAGAGAUAGUAAUAUACAAAAACUUUUUUGCAUAUAACUUGAUGUUUGUGACAGUUAUGUACUCAUUCUUGUCAAGAAGUGUUAUACUGUGCGACCGUGAUAUCAGAUUCUUUUCAUUCAUUCAACCCUUGACUGGCACCACCAGCAGACCACCAGGUCCACUGGUACUACACUUUUGUGCAUUGAUACAGUUACAUGUAACAUACAGUGUAGAAAACCUCGUUAUUUUCUAAAGCAGCUGAUAUUUAUCGUCAUUGUCUACAUCAUCAUCGUCAUGAUUGUCAUCGUCAUCUUUCUGAUUAUGGGUUUCGAGUCAGACCAUAAAAAUCUGCCUUGUGACAGGUUGUCAUGAUGGUGCCUUCCUCUUGUGUGUUUUGCUGAUGGAAUUCACUCCUCACAGGGUGUGUUGUCACCUGCGCUGUGGUGACCGACAGGUUCAGUAGGUCAAAGGGCACUAGCGUGACCGGGGUUUGACCUGCCUCUCGCUGUCAACAGGCCUGCAGUCAGCAGGUUUAGAGACUUAUACAUUUGCUACACAUGUGAUGCUUCCCCCAGAAACAGGUGAAUAUAUUUUCUUACAUCAAUCAAAAAAGUUGUCGACAGUUGUGAUUGAAGUCUGUUGACGAGUCCGAAGUCUCCUCGCCAUCCUUACUGUUUGUUCCCUGACUCGUCCUUCUUUGUCUUUUAUUUGUCCUCAGGGUUGUUUCUCAUAUGAGUCACUUUUAUUAUUAUUAUCCUCGUCAUUAUAAUCAGUGUAAACUAUAUCCAGGCCUUCACAGUUAAUCACUAAACACUACUCAUUAAUUAGAAAAUAUACAGGAACUAACUUUUAUUUUUUGCUUCUUGGGGAACAUGUGUGACACUCAUCUCGACAUCCACAAAAUGAUUCUCACAGUCAAAAGAAUGUGUUGGUCUUCUCGCUAAUGAAGCUUUAAAAUAUUACAUCGCAUUUUUUAGCAUGGCUAAUUAGCAUUUUAUUCUGAUAAUUCUGCACGAUUAUGCAUCUUACCUUCUAUUGCAUGUGGUCUAAAUUAUUCUGUCUGGGGACAUCACCCCAUAAACAUGCAUGUUGUACUGUGUGUUGAUAUGUCUGUCCAUUGUUCUCCGGGAACAAACUGAAGUGUGUUUGGAGACACCUUGCCGGCAGUUAGGACACAAAGAAGAUGUAUUGAACAGCACUCAGAACUCAAGCAGGCAGACAAUCUACAUUCAAUGUUUUUUUUUCAGUUUCAUUGUUAUCUUUCCUGACCACCAGUCGAACAGUAUUCACCUUAAUUAUCCAGCUUUCUAACUCAUUUCAGAUGUCAGGACGUGUUUGUGCUAGAAAAACCAAAGCUCUUCCUUUCUGUCUUUGACAAGUGAUCUUUUGAAGUAUUUGACCACAGUCUGUGAUUUCCCGCCUGUGAAAUUAAGCAUAUUCAGGUUCAAGCAGCUUUUGAAAAACAUUUUUAAGCUUUUUUAAUCUUUUAUAGAAAUACUUAAAAGUUUUUCUCUUGCGUGUGCGUGCACGUGCGUGUGCAUAUAUGUUUGUGUGUGCGCUCAGUAAGUAGUUCCUAGAACAGGAUAUAAUAUAAUCAUUUUUUAUUACUAUAAUUAUUUAUAGCACAUGUGACGGGGUCAGACUUGCUGUCUGCUCCUCACGUGAUCACGUGAAAGUAUUUUUGCAGCGUUCGCUGUCUAAUAUUUAAUAUGCACGUGUUGUCUGUAAACAAAUAUACACGGUGCAGGAUGAGGAAAAUAAAACAGGUAUCUAUUUAAAACGAAAUGUCCAGUUACUGAAGAAAUCAUGUAAUGUGUCCGACUUGUUUGUAACGUUCACAUACUUGGUUUUUUUUUUUCUGGCACCUGGAAUGUUGUUGCAAAUAUAUUCUUGUUGAUGAUUAAAAUUUUUAACACGA